AUGGGCGCAAGCCGCCAGCUGUACAGCGCAAUGGCCGCCACGGUGGCGAGCACCGGCUACGUCGUCCUAACCAUCGACCACCCCCACGACGCCUUCAUCGUCGAAUACCCGACCAGCCCCCCAACCUACGCCGCCAAUAUCAGCAGCGCUGCACAAACCUCCCUGGACCUCGCGGCCCGCGCCUCCGACGUCUCGUUCCUCCUCGACCAACUCGGCGCCGACGAUACCGUCCGCGACGUCAUCCCCGGCGCAGCCCGCGGCCUCGACGUCCGCCGCGUCGCCAUGUACGGGCACUCGUUCGGCGGGGCGACAGCCGCAGCGGCGAUGCUUUCGGACCACCGCAUCGCGGGCGGGCUGAACAUGGACGGGACGUUCUACGGCGCCGUCGUCGAGCGGGGGCUGGAUCGGCCGUUCAAGCUCUUCAGCAAUCCGAAAAGCACGCCGAACCAGACCUUCUACGGCGAUGACUCGUGGGCGGAAACGUGGCCGCGGCUGCGGGGAUGGCGACGGGAGCUCGCGCUAGCUGGAGCUGCCCACGAUACGUUCUCCGACAUCCCGCUGCUGACUAAAUUGCUGGGACUGUCGCCGUUCAGUGCGACGAGCGUGACCGGCUCCGUGCUUGGAACGAUAGACGGGGUCCGAGGGUUCGACGUGAUCACGGCGUAUGUGGUUGCUUUUUUGGACUUUGUGCUGAAAGGGGUGGAGUCGGAGCUUCUGCGGAUGCCGAGCCCGCUCUAUCCCGAGGUGAUCCUUGUGAGGUAG